GUGGCAUCCCGUCCCCAAACUGUGGCAUCCUCGUCGCAAUCUGACUCCGAGCCAGGAAUGCCAGACUAUCCGUGAACGGCCACCUAGUCUCACUCGAUUGCUCCAUCUCUCAAAUUGCCACACCUUCGGUCAUCAGAAUUGUGCCUUUGGUGCUAGGUGGCGGUCGCCCAAAGGAUGAAGAAGCACCAUCACAAAAAUGGUGGAACAUGAACAAGAAGGAUGGAGGCAUUUGCGUCACCAACUACAUCCAGGACGACGUUCAGCAUCUGCCGGAGAGUAUCCUACGACCAAUUCGUGACAUUAUCAAUAGAUCCGAAGCUGGCCAACCUGUCCAUCCGGAAGAUCUGCAGAAUAUGUUAUACGAGCUCCCUCCUGCUUGGCUCGAGCUUCAGUCUCAGAACUUUCUCACUUACUUGACGGACGCUGAGGGUACAGCUUACUCGCUUGGGAAUUUCAAGGCCGUGGUAGCGAGAAGGGGAGUAGGCGGACUUCUGCUCCACCUCAUUGGGGACCCGGCCAGCCCUAAACUCCGCAGGAAGAUCGCUACAGGCUCUUUCAACCACGUAUAUCCCUGGCUUGCCAAUGUCUUGGCGCGGAAUCCCAGUCUAGUGAAAAAAAAGUAUCGUCCUCUCUUCAACAACCCAGUGACUUCCAUGUAACCCAUCCCUUCCUCCGGCUGGCUCCCAGUCAUCGUCUACCUCAGCGGUCACUCCUAACCAUGCCUCGUUUCCUUCAGGCCCCUCACUGCCCACCGCAAAGCCUCUC